AUGGACCAGCCAUUAUCCCAUCAGAAUACCCUUUCCUCCAUCCUCAAAGUAUACCCUCUUGACGAACACCGCUGUCUGGGUUACACUCUUUCUAAUCGCCGUCGUUGUAUGAAUCCCACCAAUGCUACCAGCAGAAACACCGCUUCCUCGUUGCUUGAAAGAGGUACCCGUAUGCUCGAGCAAGCAGAGUCAAUCGAUUCAUUACUAGAAUGUCUCGCUCCAAUGGUGCUUUGUCGUCGCUACCACCAAAACCAGGCGAGAGGGUUAGCUUCUCGGUGGAAAGAAAAGGUCACGACUCAUAUCAGAGAACAAGAGGCACGACGCGAAGCAGAAUCACAGGCGGAAGUAGAGGACGAGGCCGAGGAACACUCCGAGGAAGAACAGGGAGAGUUGAAUCUGGGAAUUGAACCUCCGCCUGAUGCAACAUGGCGAGGGUCCAUUAUACCCGGGUUUCGGACUUCAUCGGGCCAUGUCACUUGGUCUGAUGUGUUUGAAGGGAAUCAUGAUAUUCAGACGCGACCGCAGACGGAAAAUGUCGAGGAGCGUCGUGAAUCUAAUACGGAGACUGUCAGUACGAGGGAGGAGAGACAACAAGAGAUCAGUCGUGUGGAAACGCCUUCUCGCACGCAUACUGUCUCUAUCUCUACUCGCAUACCGGAAAGAAAAGGCAUCACUCGAAGGCCCAUUGAAGGUGACUGUGGAAUUUGCAUUCUCCCUCUACUAGAUGAGACUGUGCAGCCAGCUGGGGACACUCAAGCUGGUGACGAUGACGCGGAUUAUGAAUCAGACACUGGAGAUGAAUCGGACUCCGCAAGUUCCGUGGCAACUGUUUCAAUCGAAGAGUCCGAGGAGCUAGUGUGGUGCAAAGCUCGAUGCGGCAUCAACUAUCACAGAAAUUGUUUGAAGACUUGGAUUGACACAUUCCGGGGUAAGCCUGGCCACAGCCCUACCUGUCCGACUUGUCGAUCUGUAUGGAGACGGUGA